AUGAAGCUAACAGAGGAUGGACUGCUGAAAACCGAAGAUAACCAAAUGGUAAUUGGUCAACAGAACGUCAAGAAAGUGUCAGGAAAGCAACCGAGAAAAGCAACGCUGUUCCGAUCCCUUGUGGAAGGCUUAGGGCAGAAUGUGAAGGCGAUUAGCCCUGGGACAAAAAGCCGUGGUUCAGCUGCGUACUGCACCGAUGGAAGGAACGUCUGUGGCAGGUCCACCACAGAUACGGUAAUCGGUACGGUAAUCCGGGAAACUGAACGUCCCAAAAUUUGUCGCAGCCCUCAGUGA